AUGUCAACAAUUUCAGGGUCAGAAACCGGAAGACCAUCUUCAUCUGCCCGGUCGUCAACCCUAGAUAACGAUACCCACCAGAAUCUUUCAAAUGAAUCGCUGGCUGGAGGCCUAACUGAACCAAUUUCUUUCAAGCGCAAGCAAAAACGGCCUGCGAGAUUCAGUUUUUCGCGACUGUUUUCCGGUGAUGAACCCGAAUCUACAAUCCAUUUCCGGGCGUCGGCCACAACGAAUGAGCCGACGCCAGAGGUUGAUUCGUCUCUGAGCCAGCUGAGAUCGCGAAAUGGGAACGAAAAUCUUAACACAUCAAAAAGUGGAGGGUUCUUGGAUUGGUAUGUGGAAGGUCCAGGGCGUCGAGUAGGCUACGACGAUCUUACAGCCAUCGAUUGGAUCUUCGAAUAUACGAAAGAGCGACAAAGAAAGAGGCUGCUCUACUCCAAGGCGCCGGGUCUUUCGGGAUAUGCCCGCAGGCUACUGGAGGCCAGUAACGUUUGGGUGGUUUUGAUAGCGACAGGCGUUCUCGUUGGUAUUAUUGCGGCAUGCAUCGACAUCACAAGCGACUGGCUCGGAGAUUUAAAAACGGGCUAUUGCAAGAAUGGACCAGGAGGUGGCAAGUUUUAUCUGAAUCGAAGUUUUUGUUGCUGGGGCCAUGACGGUAAGAUAUCCUGCUUGGAUUGGACACCUUGGCGUAAAGCUCUUGGAGUCAGCUCUUCCAGCGGAGGCUAUACGGUAGAAUAUAUAUUCUACGUGCUCUACUCUGUGGUCUUCGCUGUCUGUGCGAGUUUUCUGGUCAGAACAUACGCAAUAUAUGCAAGACACAGUGGUAUUCCAGAAAUCAAGACAGUCCUUGGUGGCUUUGUCAUUAGACAUUUUAUGGGACCGUGGACGCUCGCGAUCAAAUCUCUGGGCUUAUGUCUAGCAGUUGCUUCAGGGAUGUGGCUAGGUAAAGAAGGUCCUCUGGUGCAUGUUGCAUGCUGUUGCGCCAACGUCAUGAUGAAGUUCUUCGAUAGUUUGAACCAUAAUGAAGCGAGAAAACGUGAAGUGCUCUCCGCAGCCGCGGCUGCAGGAAUAUCUGUCGCGUUUGGUGCACCCAUUGGAGGUGUUUUGUUCAGUCUCGAGCAAUUGUCGUACUACUUUCCAGAUAAAACCAUGUGGCAGAGUUUUGUCUGUGCAAUGGUUGCUGCUGUCACUCUUCAGGCGCUUAACCCAUUUCGAACAGGAAACAUUGUGCUCUACGAAGUUAAGUAUACACGUGGAUGGCAUCGCUUCGAAAUGAUGCCUUUCAUCCUCCUGGGUAUCCUUGGUGGCCUGUACGGGGCAUUUCUGAUCCGCUUGAAUAUGAAAGUUGCGAAAUGGCGACGAUCCCGAACUUGGUCUCGCCCAAUAUUGGAAGUUACGGUCAUUACUCUUCUAUCUGCUCUGAUCAACUUUCCAAAUAUCUUCAUGAGAGCGCAAAAUUCCGAGCUUGUCCACUCGCUGUUUGCUGAAUGUGGUACUGGAUCCGAUGAUCUGUUCGGUCUUUGCAAGACUGGUGCUGCAUCCGCUGGCACAAUAACCCUUUUACUUAUGGCCGCCCUUCUUGGCUUCUUUCUCGCUUCAUUCACGUUUGGAUUGGACAUACCUGCUGGUAUCAUUCUUCCUUCCGUCGCCAUUGGUGCCUUGUACGGCCGUGCGUUUGGAACGAUGUUUAAGAUGUGGCAAAAUGCCUAUCCAAAUUUUUUCUUCUUCAACAGCUGCGAGCCAGAUGUUCCUUGUGUGACACCGGGAAUAUAUGCAAUUGUCGGAGCAGCUUCAGCUCUCGGUGGCGCAACACGAAUGACAGUGUCAAUUGUUGUGAUCAUGUUCGAGCUCACAGGUGCCUUGACAUAUGUCAUUCCUAUCAUGAUUGCGGUUAUGUUGUCCAAAUGGUGCGGCGAUAUCUUCGGCAAACGUGGCAUCUACGAGUCUUGGAUCCAUCUCAAGGAAUAUCCCUUCCUUGACCAUCGUGACGACACUACUUCCCCCGAUUUACCUGCUCAUAGAGUCAUGACAAGGGUCGAGGACCUCACAGUCAUCGUUGCCAAUGGACAUACGAUCGAUAGCCUCCGCAACCUUCUCCUGGCCACCUCAUAUCGCGGAUUCCCUGUCGUGACCGAUUCAUCGAAUCCUCUUCUGCUGGGCUAUAUCUCACGCAACGAACUAUCGUAUGCAUUGAAGUAUUCCUCAUCUCGUGCAGGUCGCGACUUGCCUGGCUCGACGCAGGUCUUCUUCGCCCAUCAGCCGUUUGCAGACCCGAGUGAAACCCUCGAUCUUCGGCCUUGGAUGGAUCAAACGCCUAUUACACUUAACAGUGGGACGACUUUCUUGAUAGUACGACGCAUGUUCCAGAGAUUGGGUCUCCGCUAUGUCCUCUUUGCAAACAAGGGUGUCCUCCAAGGCCUGCUCACUAAGAAGGACGUUUGGUCUAUUAUUGAUGGUGCAGAAUCCCGCAGGGUUGAAGACCUAGUCACUGAUUCAUUCAGGCAAAGAAAUACGGCCGAGGAGGUUGGUUUACUUGAAAGUGAUGAUGGAACGAGUCUUGCCAGUUCCCUGGAUAGACGUCCUUCACUUUGA